AUGUCACUUCUUUCACCACAAAACGUACCUUUAAAGCUCAGUGGUAUCAUGUCAAAAGUGAAACCUCUCGGUGACAUGAUAUUAGUUCAAGGGUACAACACUUCUUCGAUUGGGGGUAUCGUCUUGGCAGAACAAAAAGAUGAAAAGUUUAAACAAGGUGUCGUUGUUGCAACUGACAAAACAAAUCUCAAAAAUCCAUUGAAAGUCGGAAACCAUAUAGUUUUCGGUGGAACACCAGCAGCCACUUUCUUGGCAGACAACAAAAAGUAUUCCCUCCUCAAGUACCACGACGUCUUUGCUAAAAUUGAAUAA